AUGAGUGCUGAACAGGUAGAGGUGCGCACAAGCGACAAGAAGUACUACUGGAACUCCACCAAGGACGACGUGCUUUGGGAACCACCGCCCAAUGUCAGGGUCGUUUGGGCAGCAGAGAAGCUGCCGGGCACUAGCAAGACCUACUAUUGGAACAAGGCCCUUGCACGCCGGGCCCGUGUGGCCCUGGUCCCUGUGGGCCUGGUCCUUGUGGUGGUCCUGGAGGUCCCUACGGACCUGGCCCGCGCGGGCCUGGUCCCUGCGGUCCCUGUCCGGGCGCCUGUGGCCCAGCUGGGCCUUGUGGAGCUUGUGGAGGCCCUUGCGGAGGCCCUUGUGGACCUCCAGCCGGACCGUGUGGGUCCAGGCAUGGGCCUUGUGGAGGUCCGUGCCACCUUAGUCCUUGCGUGGCUGGCGGCCCUGCUGGCCCUGCUGGCCCUGCUGGCCCUGGCGGGCCUUGCGGCCCUUGCGGCCCGGGCCCUUGCGGCCCGGGUCCGGUACGUGCGUGGUGGAGAGCUGUCCUGGCCCCAGGCCCUUGUGCCGGGACAGACUAUCGAGGAUCUCCAACGGCCAGAGAGUUGGGCAGACGUUCGCGAUGGGCCGAUCAUGGACCGGCUGGAAGACUAUGCGCCGGAGCCGUCAGCAGGGCAAAGGAUCCUGGGCUCAUUGGCAGCGAACCAUCGUGGUACGGCGGAUUCAGCGCCUGAAGGCUGGUGGCCUUCGGAGGACUAUGACAACUGGUGGGGUCAAUGUCGUGCACGUUUUUUGCACGAAGUUCAAGCAGUCAGGGGCGUUGCCAAAGCGGGGAAACUUGUUUGGGAGAUGCUGCCACAAGACGUGGACCUCCAAAAACUGGCUGUGCUCGAAGUUGAGACGUCUGUGAGUGCAGCGUCCGUGUUUCCGGCCGACUUCUGUAUCGCUGGAGCGGACCCGGAAGGGUUGCCGGCAGCUGCGCAGGUCACCCCAGGUUACUUGCUGGCCGCCUUUGCAGACAGCCCCUAUGAUGUUUCAGAUGCACUGUGGACGUUGAACCGAUGUUGGUGGUCGCUUGUCAAGGCAACGACCAGCCUGGUCACCCUGGUCUUCAUCACAGCCUUGGGUGGACGUGGAGAGGCGACAGAUGCCGCAGAAGAGAACAGCUACCUGGAACUGCAGCGCCAGUGCCUUAUGCAGUCCCCCGCGCCUCUGGUCUUUGCUGCCCAGCGCGUUGCUGGAGGCAGCAGAAGACCCCGCCUGCUUGGCGGCUGGAAUAUAUCCAAGUCGCAGAGAGACAAGGCCGCCGAGUGGCUGAAUCCCAGCAGCUGGGGAUGGGGUGAAGGCGAGGGUGGUUGGAACCACCAGGGCGGCCCCCGAGGCCGAAGGAAGCGGGACGGCUACGAUGCGUACGAGCAGGCUUGGCCUGAAGAAGACUGGUCUCAGUGGGACGGUGAGACAGAGGACCACUUGCUGGAGAGCGUCCAGGAGUUUCUGUCAACGGGUCCUAAAGAGGUUCAGGAGCUGGCCUCCAUGUUUGCUGGCCGCUUCAACGCGAUUGUCCGUGCUGAUCCUCGUAGCGGCUACAGCACGGAGAGGAAGAAUGAUGGCAGCUUCAAGAAGUGGCUGCUUGGUGCCGGCUUCGAGGCGAGCGCACUCUUCGACCGGAACAAGUGCCUUAUCUCCUUGCCGUACUCGAAGCGGACCACCCGCGGCACCAGAGGUGGAAGGAAGAACCGCGGUGGCGACCGCGGAGGGACAGAGCACGUCGAUGGGGAGGCUGCUGGAGCAGAUAGCCGCUGUGAGUUCCGCCGAAUGUGUAUGAAGCACACCUCCUUCCGCUGCGGGACGGACCUGGAAGAAGAGGUCCUGGCGCACAAUCGCCCAAAUGGUAAAUUUGAGCACCAGGAACAAGAGCUGCAGUGGCCAGGUGAGCGACCUGGGCAGGCCUCAGUGAUGCUUCAAAGGUUAGAGGCUCGGUCGGUCCCACUUCAACGAGUGGUCCCGGACCUGGCUCGACUCCUUCCGGGGUUGGGAGGUGUGCUGGCUACCCUAUCAGUCACCCUCCGGCGCCGUGGCUACCGCGGACAUGGCACGGGGAGCCAUCGUCCACGAAGCACGCUUGCUCGCAGUGCUCAGGGCCCGGAAGCCAAGCCACCAGGGGCGCUUGUGCCCGAGUUGGAUGUGAUGAAGGAGGUGGACCCGGUCACUAUCUCCCAAAGACUUUUGAAGCCGCGCCUAGACAAUGGCUGGACGCUGGUUGGAGACUUGCUGACCACCCUCUUCUUAGCCCCAAUGCUUUCUGCAUUCUUCAUCCCUUUGCUGCAGCCGGACUGGUACCGGCGAAUGCCAGACGGCGAGGCUGGAUUCAUUUUUCCCGAAGGCUUUCACGGCGUGGUCUACGCUCUUUCCUGGCUCCUUGGCGGCCUGGCACUCGGAGCCUUCGAAGACAAAGCUGUAAACUCCAAGAACCUCCUGGCGACCAUCCAGCGAAGCACCUGGGCCGCCCUGGUGACACUCUGGCUGGCGAGCUCCGUCUGGCUCAUCUUAGGGGCCGGCGGCUGGCUCGCCAGCGCCUACGCGACCUUGGGCUAUGAGUUUCGGCCGCAGCCCGAAGUGCCAAGCACGCCCAUCUUGCCCAGUUUCCGUGACUUCUUCAUCGACCUCCAGUUUGAGGUUUGGUGUCUUGUUGCAUGGCGGCUGACACGGGCCGUUUCGGAAGCCGAGAAGCCAGAGACUGAAGGCGAAGAAGACGAAACCUAUGCGGCAGCGCCGGAAGAGCCGGUGGAGAAAGCCAUGCCGGUGUCUCCAAGGCUUCUGCUUGGUGACAUGGUGGUCUCCGGCGUCAUCGUGCCUUCGUGUGUCAUCGUGGCCUUAGUGCAGACAGGUGUAUACACCCCGCAGUGGACGGUGCUUUGGGACAUGACCGAUUACGGGGUGGGCAAAGCCAUCCUGGCCCAUGGCUCACUCCUGACAAGCUGCUGGUUGGCCGGAGCACUCAGCACCAAUGCCUAUGGUAUUGACUUCAUGAGAAGGACGGACCUGGCCAUGGCUUUGAAGCGCAUCUGGACCGCGGGAGCUGUAGCUGCCGUUCUCAUGGCUGCCUGCGCAGCUUUAACGCUGGUGUCUGCCAACUCCGGCGACAGCUACGUCACAGACUUCGAUGCCGCUAGGAAGUUUCAGAAGAUGUUCUUCGACCUUGUGUGUGAUGUGGAGAUCUCGGCGAUCUGUCUCACGACGUGGCGCUUGUACUACGCUGGAUAUAUCUGA